CAAUGUUCGAGGGGGCGGACAUUUGCCCCCCCUCCAUUUUCGAUGGGGCGGACAUUUGCGAUAACUUUAAUAAUCUUACAAACUAUCAACACCAAACAUGUGUUUGUAUUAAAGUGCGAUCCAACACUACAAUUAAAGCAAUCCCGAUCGCGCUAAUUACCUAUGUGUGCAUGAUAUCAAAGAAGUGUUAAUUAAUGAGAAACAAUUAAAGCAAUCUCGAUCGCGCUAUUUACCUCUGUUUGCAUGAUAUCAAAGAAGAGUUAAUUAAUGAGAAACAAUUAAAGCAAUCUCGAUCGCGCUAUUUACCUCUGUUUGCAUGAUAUCAAAGAAGAGAUAAUUAACGAGAAAAAUGUGACGUACUUUUGCUCAAAAUACAAACUAAGAACACGGGACUCAUAUAAUGGACGUAUUUCCUAUCACAAAUUACAACUCACAAUUCACUUCCACGAAGCAACAUGGAAUUCAUUACGAGUAGUAGAGGCGCACCAAAGCUUUGCUUUGAUAGUUUUACGUACACGAAGAAGAAAAGCAGCAAGACCACCAUCACCUGGGAGUGCUCACAGAGACGCACCUUGGAAUGCAAAGGAGCAGUUAUUACUGACAGUCCAGCCACAGAGAUUCGUUCCUCACGAGAGCACAACCACGAGAAAGACGACUCCCAUGUCGGUGGUUUAAAGGUCCGGAAAGAAAUCCAGCUCAGCGUUCAGGCGAACAGAGGGUGGCCAGGUCAGAUCAUCGCCGACAAGAUGUUCUCUCAACCUGUCGAGGUUAGAGUUGCUGCCGGAACAACCGAGACAAUCAAAAGAGGUAUAAGACGAAAGAGAGCCGGUGAUGCACCUAACAACCCCGAGAAGCUGGAUGCCAUUCCGUCUCCACUACCAGAGAGUUACACCCGCCAAUUAGUAUAUGACAACGACAGUGGAUCUGACCGGGUACUGGUGUUCGCUUCGGAGGAUGGGCUUCGACUUCUCCAAAAUGCCACCAUGUGGUUCAUGGAUGGAACCCACUCAACGGCCCCUCAGCAGUUCAAGCAAGUGUUCACCGUCAGAGUGCUGCUCGGAGAGACGUCGGCCACAGCAGCAUAUGCCCUUCUGCCUUCAAAAACUCAAGAAGUAUAUGAAGAGUGCCUCAAUGCCAUCCUCGAUGCUUGCCUGCGCAGGAACAUCCGUCCCAAUCCCACCAAAGUCGUCACAGACUAUGAGAUGGCCAUCCACAACGCAGUACAUGCUGUUUUGUCGAACACUAUCGAAAUACAGAGCUGUUUUCAGUGUCAGAGACAUGGAAAGAGCCAUGGCCGUGGCAGUGGUGAUUCCCGCCAAAAGGGAGGUGAUAGGAAGCUGAGGGAAAGACCCCUUCCCAAGCCGCUGGGACACGAGGUGGAGUUCUGUAAAGGCCUCGUGAACGGAAACAUCGCCAACAAUAACCAAACACUUGAAAAAGUUUUCAUAGCUGUGAACACCACGUGUACCGAAUUGCUAGACCUCCUGGCAUAG